CCAUAGCAGCUAUGUGUGUAAAUACAUAUGUAUUAAUUAUAUUUGAGACGAAAGUGAGAGAUAUGCCACGUGGAGGCGUAGUGGCCUUAGCUUUAUCUUUCGAUGGAGAGCAUGGUCGGUUGAAUUCCGGCAUCUUUUCCUUUUCUCAACCAUGCUUCUUUCAAACAGUUUAUUCUUUCAGAAUUCAAAUUGGUUGUAGAACUGAAACACAAAAUCCAGACUUAAAUAAGAACCCCAAUUGGGAGUUCCAAUGGUUCAUGAGUUUGCUGAUCAUUUUAUACCAAAAUUAGAGGUCAACUGCAUACAUAUCAUCAUCACUAGUGUGUAAAUUAGAAAACCCUAUAUCCUUGCUUCUCUUCGGUGCAAUUUCGGAAACCACCAUUUUAAGCUGCCAUCUCUAGCUAAUUUCAGAAUCACGGCAAGUGAAGAGUAUAAGAGUUCAUAUCGUGAGGACUAGAAGAAGCGAAGAUAGAGAAGUGAAAAGCUUAAUAUAUAACUCCUGAAGGAAUUAUUGUGGUAAUUUGUCAGUGAGUACUGUGUGCAUAUAUAUAUAUUUUAAUUUUUUUCUACAAAAUUAUUUCUACCAUACAAUAAUGAAAAUCACAUUAUACAAGAUAUGAUUGAGAAUUCCAAGGACGGCAGUAGUGAUUUUCCUCCAAGAGAGGAUGAUCAAGGCAACUUAAAAGAAGGAAAAAUCACUACAAAAUUAGCUUCAAUAUCAUCUAAUACCACUACUACUACAAAUGCUAGCUCAAGCACGCCAUGGUUAAGGCUGAAGGAUCCUAGAAUUGUUCGAGUUUCUCGAGUUUUUGGAGGAAAAGACAGGCAUAGCAAAGUAUGCACCAUAAGAGGGUUAAGAGACAGGCGUGUGAGGUUAUCAGUACCAACUGCAAUUCAAUUGUACGACCUUCAAGAUCGAUUAGGCCUUAACCAACCUAGCAAAGUGGUUGAUUGGUUGCUCAAUGCUGCUAAAGAUGAAAUUGAUGAACUCCCUCCUCUUCCAAUGCCACCUUCCGGUAACUUUUCUCUGUUGACGCCUCGCGGUUUAGAAGCCAGUAAUGCUGCUAUGAAUGCCAAUAAUCAAUCUAAUAAUGAACACCAAGAAGGAUUCAAGAACAUCAACAAUGAGAGUAGUGAAUGGAAUGUUGGUUCCAGCAGAUUGCCCGGGUCUAAUUUUUGGAGUAAUAGUAAUAAUAAUAAUAAUAAUUCAUCUUCAGAUAAUGUUGUUUGGAGAGGGAAAUCAAAAGAGGUAGGAAGAAAUCGAAGUAAUAAUGAUCAUGAGAAAGAAGAACGAGAAGAAGAAGAGGAAGAAGAAGAAGAUGAAGAAGAAGAAGAAGAAGCAAAUAAUAAUGGUAAUGAAGGAGAGAACAGUAAUCUGUUUCAUCAUCAAAGACAAAAUGUUAUAAGUCAUCCUUUUUUCCCAGGUAUGAUUAACAAUAAUACCAUACCAAGUGGUUACCGUUGGGAGCCUCAGAAUUAUCCUUUGUCUUUCUUAGGCAGCGGUGGUUUCACAUCUCAAACUGAUAGUCAUCAUCAUCAUCAACAACAUCAUCAUCUUCACAAUUUGAAUCAUGUAAUGUCUUUGCAGCCUUCCACAUUAUCUCUUUCAACUACUGGGUCUCAGUUCUUGGUAUGCCCUCCUGGAAAUACUACAAUAACACAAACUUAUUUCCCUACAAGCAAUACUACUCAAGCUGCUGCGGCGGAUGAGAUUCAUCAUGAUCCAAGACAAGUACACCAUUUUCAUCAGAUGUUUAAUUCCAAUCCACAAAGUGGGCUCUUGCCAAAUCAUGAUAUGCACCCUAAUAAUAAUAAUCCUCAUCAGACAAUGAGAGCUACCUUACCACUCCACUUUAGUGCUACGAGUAGUGAUUCUAACAAGCUUGUCCAUCAUCACCAAAAUAAGGAUUAAUAGGGAUCCAUCUCAUCAGUUCUCUCUCUUCUUCAAAGUACUACAAAAACCAGCUUAUUCCCUGCCCUUUUUCAAGAAAAUAAAGUGCUUCAUCACUAUAUAUAUGGAUAAGGGAAAGGUACAUAUAUUAUAAUUAGAGGGCAUGCAUUUCUACUAAUUAUUAUUUACUCAGACCGGUUUGCAGACUUAAUUUUAUAUAUAUAUUUUUGAUUUCUUAUAUAUGUUUUAUUUAUAAGAUGUGUGAUCAACUUAUUGUAUUAAAUUAAUUUUGUUUUCUUCAAAGUGUUUGAAUUUGAAACUAGCUAGAAGUUCAUCAAUUCAUAUCAGAUCUUUUCCUUCA